GGGAGUAUGGGAGCGUGGGAGUUUUGCAGUGGCUGCGGCCUUCGCCGUAGCGUUUUCGUUAGGCGUAGUUUUCUGCUUUGUCUGCUCUGGCAGCGCGAGGCUGUCAUUAGUCCCGGAUUGCUUUGUCCCGAAGUCCCUUGAAGGCACCCCCCCAUUCCCCCAGAUGGCGUCCACGCUCGCGACAACCGAGGCCCAGGGACCAAUGCUGUUUGAAGAUCUGGCUGUGUAUUUUUCUCAAGAGGAGUGUGUGAGUCUGAACCCUGUCCAGCGGUCCCUCAGCAGAGAUGCCACACAGGAGGGUUUUGAGGAUGUGGCCUUGAUGGGAGAGGAAAACAAGACUGAGGUGAAUCACCAGUUAAGCCUAGAGUCUGUGAAACUUGAAGAGCUUACCCUAGACAAUUACCCCAUUACUGCACCCCUUGUCCAGUACUCAGAAAACUCCUCUGAGGAUGGAGUUGGAAAUCCUGAAGGGAAAAUACCAGGUGCAGCUCCCCCUUACAAGAAAAAGUUCAUAAGCCUUUUAGUUACCAUUGAGAACCAUACCCCAUUAGUAGAAUUAUCUCAAUGUUUAGGAACCAGAACACUUUCUGAAAUUCUAGAAUUUCCCUGGGAAGAAGCCAACAAUGUGUACAAGUGUCCUGAAUGUGACCAAAGCUUCAGUGAUAAUUCAUACCUUCUUUCGCAUCAGAAAAUUCAUUCAGGAGACAAGAAAUAUAAAUGUGGUAACUGUGGAAAGAUUUUCAAUCAUAGAGCCAACCUGAGGACACACAGUAGAAUCCAUACUGGUAAGAAGCCUUAUAAGCGUGCCAAGUACAGUGCCGGCUUUCGCCGGCACUCAUAUCUGUCUCGGCACAAGAAUAGCCACAUAAAGAAGAAACCCUAUACAUGUAGCAUAUGUGCAAGAGGUUUUAUGUUGCUCCCCGGAUUGACACAGCAUCAGAAAACCCACAAUGUUGAAAAACCCUAUGAAUGUGCUAACCUUAGUAAGUAUUUCAGUGAGAAAACAGAUCUUCCUUUGGAUGAAAACACACACACAUCAUCCCCUCAGUACCAGUACAAUCACCACGUGAAGAGCUAUGAGGAGCCUUCAUAUCCUGCUCUUCCUGAGAAGGCACAAAAGGAGGACUCUGAACGCCACAAUGAUGAUGAUGACGAUUUUUUUUCAUUCUCUAGAUUCAAACCCUUACAGUGUUCUGAGUGUGACAUGACCUUUCCAUCUUUCUUUGAGCUUAUUUCUCAUCAGGACAUUCAUGCAGAGGAAAAGCCCCGUAAAUGCAAAACAUGUGAAAAAAGUUUUACUUCAGAGACAGAACUUAUAUGCCACCAGAAGAGCCACACAGCAGAGGAACCUUUUAAAUGUACCGUGUGUGGAAAAAGUUUCAGGGUAAUUAUGCAUCUCAUUACUCAUAAGCGCACUCAUAUGAAAAACACCAAGUAAAUAUAACAAGUGGCUUUUCAGUAUCUGUACAGUAAGAAAAUAGUUACUGUUUAUGUGCCAGGCACUGUGCUAAGCACUUUAUACAUAUUCCAUGUAUAUUAAUUUUUACUACAACCUUGUUUUAGGCAGUAUUACUUCUAUUUUAUAACAGAGGAAGCAUAAUCAGUAUCACAUACUGUAUGAAGCCAGGGUUCAAACUCAGUUAUUUUUUAAAUUACAUUCAUAUGAGCCAGAUAAAGAUACAGAAUUUUUGUUUAAAUUCAGCUUUCAUUAAAAUGAAGGCUACUGUUAGAGUUCUUUUAAUUUUGUUUAUGUCGUUUCUAUGUUU